AUGUCGACUCCUUCCGAAUCAAAUAAUAACACUAUAAAUACAAAGAGUCAGCCCAAUACAGUGAGCUCGACUUCACUUGUAUUAUAUACGUCCUAUUUACAAUGUCUAACACCACCGCCUCCGCCAUUACCAUUAACAUCUAGUAUAUCAUUGCCAUCAUCGCCAGCAUCGUUUAAUGAAGAUAAACCUAUUGAAAAAUACUAUAAGAAAGAAAAACAAAUUUUAGUGGAAUUUGAUCAAAUUGUUAAAGACAUUCGCUUUCAACUAACUGAACAAUUAAAAUGUUUGGAACAACGCAUUGAUACACAGUUAUCAAUUCUUGCUGAAAUUCAAGAAUAUUUCAAACGUCGUGCCGAUGUUGAACUUGAUUACGCUAAAAAUCUCGAUAAUUUACAUAAACAAAUAGGUCAAAAACAUCGUACGCAAAAAGCACGACGAGAAAGUUGGAUUCUUCAUUCGAUAUAUAAACUAUGGGAUACUAUUGUUCAAGAUACUCGUACUCAUGUUAAAUAUCAUACAAUAAUGUCUGAUGUUUGUGGAAAAUAUAUGUAUGAUAAAUUUAAUGAAAUAGCUGAAGAUACAAGACGAAUGUUUGCAAAAUGUAAAUCCGUUGGCCUAGGUAGUCAUGAAGAUAUAUAUAAAGUACUUAAUGAAUUGCAGAGUACGUUGAAAACCUAUCAUCAAUAUCAAAGUGAAAGCAAACAAGCCGAACAAAAACUACGAAGUAUUCAACAACAGAUUGCAAAAAUAAAAAGUGCUAAAAAACAAAAAACUAUGGAAAAGCGAGUUGAAAAACGACAACUAAAAUAUACGGAAACAAAAGUCAAAGCAUUUAAAGCACGUAAUGAUUAUCUUAUGACAAUUGAAUCUGUGAAUGCUGCCUUGAAAAAAUAUUGUUUGGAUGAUGUACCAGAUUUAAUUGAUUGCAUGAAUUUUGGUUUUCAUACGUCCAUAGCUAAAACAAUCCAAAUGUAUUUAUCGGCACAAGAAAAUAUAAAACGUGGUCGACAAGGAACCAUUGAAACAUUAAAUCGAGCGAUCGGUGAUUUAGAUACAGUUACGGACAAACAAAAAUAUUUAGAAUAUUAUACAAACAUAUUCACGAUGCCAAAAAAGAUCAAGUUUGAACCACAUAAAGGUGAUGAAGUAUCAGCUGUUAAUGCUCAAGUAUUAAUACGUGACGAAAUGCAAUCACGUUUUAUACAAAUGCAAAAUAGACUUGCAGGAUUAAAGACAGAAAAUGAUGAGAUUUUUAAAACAAUCGAAGCCACAGAACAAUCAUUAAUGGAAUUUAUAAAUACUAAAAAUUCCGAUGUAUCUGAUCUAUUCAAAGACCUUAAUUUACCACAAAAUGUUUCAAAAGAUAAAAGAAAAGAAAUUGAAGAUUAUUAUAAAUUCAAACAAUAUACACUAAGUAGUAAUUUAAUUUCACGUCUACAAGCUCGUCAUGAUAUUAUGCAGAAAGCACUAGGUGCUGCACCACCCGCCAAUAGUGUUGAAGAUAAAAAUUUGUUACGUCGUCCAGUAAAACCAAAACAAAUAGGUCGUGCUCCGAUUCUUGGUCGUCCACGGUUAUUUGGUGGCAAACUAUUAGAUUAUAUUCAAGUAACUCAACAGCAUGUACCGCUAAUUAUUUCAUCAUGCGUUAGUGCGAUUAAUCGACUUGGUUUACAUAAUCAGGGUAUUUUUCGCGUACCGGGCGCACAAGUUGAUAUCAAUCAAUUUAAAGAAGCAUUUGAAAAAGGUGAAGAUCCAUUAGUUAAUAUAACUGGACGUGAUAUGAAUUCCGUAGCUGGUGUUUUGAAGUUAUAUUUUCGAGAAUUAAAAGAACCAUUAUUUGCUCGGGAUAUGUUUGAUUCAUUUAUCUCGUGUAUUGUUGAUGUUGAAUCUGAAGAAAAAUGUGUUGAAAAUCUAUGUCAAGUUGUGAAACUACUUCCUCGUCCAAUCUUUAUUGUUAUGCGUUAUUUUUUUGCUUUUCUCAAUCAUCUUGCCGAAUAUUCGGAUGAAAAUAUGAUGGAUGCAUCUAAUUUAGCUAGCUGUUUAGCACCAACUCUAAUGCCAAUACCUGAAGAUAAAGAUCAAGUGCAAUAUUUAACACAUACAAUUGAACUCAUACGAACGAUCAUUACACAUCAUGAAGAAGUAUUUCCAUCGGAUGGUCAUGGACCUGUCUAUGAAAAAUUUGCAAUUACAGUUACGAUUGAUGGUGAAGAAGAUGAAGAUGAUGAAGGAAUCAGUGAACGAUCAUUAAGACGAUCACCAAGUGAUGACGAAGUGGAGACGAUCGAAGCCAUAGCAUUGUUUGAUUAUGUUGGAAGAACUGAAAAAGAAUUAUCAUUUAAAAAGAAUCAAAUUAUUUAUAUUUUUAAACGAAUGAAUCAGGAAUGGUGGCAAGGUUGUUUAGCUGGUGGAAAUGAGUCGGGAUAUGUUCCCGACGGCUACAUCAAACUGAAAACAAGACGCCGAGAGUCUGCUCCAAUUCAAAAUCGACCAUUACUACAUCUAAUUCCCGGUCCAUCAUCAUCAUUUAAUUCCAUUAAUUUAACAACAUCAUCAAUUGAUCAUCUUGAUGCUCCUACUGUUUCUCGUCAAACAUCUGAUUUAUCUAUUGUUGAUGAACAUCGUCUAGAAACAGCAAAAGAAACCGAAAUCAUCGAAGUUGAUUUAGACAUUGAUGAUGAUGAUGAAGACAUAGAUUCUGAUGAAUCUCAAGAAAAUACAUAUGAAAACACGAGCAAUUCAAGUCGUCAAAAACCUAUUCAUCGUUCAAUCUAUGAUGUUCUACCACCAAGUCCACCAAUAUCACAGUCAAAACCUGAUUGUUGUCAUUCACGAUCAUCAACAUCAUCAUCGUCACGUUUAACAUCAACAAAUGAACAACAAAUCAUUGAUAUUGAUACAGCCUUACGUGAAGUUCUAUCUGGUAUUCGUACUGUUGAAGAAUGUCAUGCACAAUGUUUUCGUUCAGUACCACCGACAAGCAAUCAGCAGGAAGAACGUGUAUCAUCACAACAAGAAACUGAUGCGCCUGAUCUCGUACUUAAUUUACCUAUAUCGAGUGGAUUAAUUACGCCACCAUCAACAAAAUCUAUUGAUAAUAAUAUAAAUGAACAUCAAUCAUUAAAAUCUCCAUUGUCAUCAAAUGGUUCACCUGUUCAUCAAUCGAAUCAAAGUAAUAACAAUUCACUAAUACAAUUGACUAUCAUGAACGAUUCUACACGUACAUCGCGUUCAAAUUCUUCAUCAACGACGACAACACAUUUUAUUGAAAAAAUUCGUCCAUCACCUGAACCAGUUCAUCGUAAAAAGAUUCCACCACCUAUUAUGAAAAAACCUGAAAAAACUAUUGAACUACUUAAACGUCUUGGUUUACAACCAUCAGCAGAUUCAUCAUGCGGUGCUACAAGCUCAUCUUCGUCUGCCUCUUCUUCUACAUCGUCACAUAUAAUUCAACAACCAGUAGCUGUUGCUGGAUCAUCUAAAACUACCGAUGUGUAA